CUGGAGCAGGCAGCAGCAACCUGAGUAGACGCAGCCACCUGAGGGGGCGUCCCAGCCGGGGAAGUCACAGUGUCCAGUGUGAAAGGGCCGGACACCGGGUCCCGUGGGAACGUGGUAAGGGGGGCACUAGUGACGGCCUCAGUACAGACAGCGUACCGCUCGUGACCAGGGAACGUAGUGGUGACGCCAAGGUCCUGGAGGCAGCCGACACCAACUAGGUUCCUGGAGAACGAGGGGAUGUGCAGACCUGUUAGAGAGCCCGAAGGAACCGCUAGACAGGGAAGGGUGGUGGAACUGCGGGCGACUACAGGGCCGGAGGAGGGGUCGCAAGAGAAACUUCAGCAGGAACAGAAAGCGGCGUCAGCGUGGUGGAGUCGCGGAAGAAACACCGGGAAGCGCCAGAGUCCAAGGUGAAGGAAAGCGCGGAAGUGGCGGCCAGAGUCGAAGCACUUACGAAAGCACCAAGGCUAAACAAAGCAGGGGAUCCUACGCCCGACGCAGCAGGGGAGUCUAAGCUAGGCGCACCUACACUAGGCAACAAGGGCUAAUAAGAAGGAAGCACACUAGAGUUAUCAGCAUACAUUACAUGCAGAACAGUAACAAUCUCAUCCAUAUCCAGAUCAAAAUCUGAACCCUACGACAAAGCAAACUGUGCCAGUCUGGGAGCUCGGGCGACGGGCCGAAAAGCUAACGAAACAGGUCGUCCAGGCGAUGGAAAUAGCGGACGGAGGUGUGACCGAUCUUACCGCAAACGAAGCCACGGCUAUGACCGGUCUGGAGCUGUGGGAGAUGGAUCAUCCGCGGGCACAUGCAGAGGAAGUCUCUCGAGACAAGGAGAACGUGGACGAUUUGGCGAAAGGUGGAGAGAGAGUCGCGCGGUGUUCUAUGACAAGGAUAAACGCCGAACGGAGAAGGAUCAAGCAUGGGCGACAGAAAGGACCCUAUGCAGAAGAAGGAGACGGGCUCGAAGAUGAAGAGCGCUGCAGAAGGGGACCGUUCCGCUGGUCGUAUCGGCCCUCAGAGCGCUGCUGGCCACUCUACCGUGUACUUCUCGACAGCCUCGAAGGAUGGAGGGAUUGCUCCCGAGUUCGGCUACUUCAAGUUUUCUCCUCACAAGAUCGUUGUGCCUAGGCUCCUUGAGGGACGACUCGACUUGGCAUCAUGGGUCGAGUCAAUCGAGCCCCAGUUGGAGAUUGCACGGGUGAAGCGUUUUAUCGAUGGGUCGACGGAAGCCCCCCCUGUGGUAGAUGCAUCGCGCUACCUUCGACGAAUGCUGAAAUUUCUGGACGUUCAGAAAACCCUAGACGAGCACACUCCGAUGAGCUACAUUUCGGAGGAAGAGUGCAUCCUGGUGAUCAAGCAGAGAAAGGAGUCUCCUCUGCCGCAAUCCAAUUGGGCGGCGACGGGACAAGCUCAUCGGCAGCAGCACCAGCAGUAGAGGCGAUGGACAUCUCCCUCAAGAGACUCUGCCACAGAGUCCAAGGACAGCCGCUAGGAAAGGAAGAAAUUUGCCAACAAGAAGAACAAGGGUAAAACUUGUUGGGAAUGCGAGGAAGUUGGCCAUUUUGCUGCUCAGUGCCCAAAUCGCAAGGACAAGAAGAAUGGUGAUGCUGUGCAGAAGAGAACAGUGCUCUAGCAUAUGAUGGGCAGAGUAGUAGCUCUUCUACCAACACUGGUUUUUUGGAUCCCAAAGGACCAUCGUGCUCGAUGGUCGAGUCGAUUCUGGAGCAGAAGAAGAUGGAAACUCUGCCGAUAUUGUUGGAUACAAAAGAUGGCGAAGACUUUCAGGCAAUUGCAGCUGCUGUAGAAGCUAAUCCUGCGGUCAUUUUGCUGAAUUGUGGAUGCUCGCACCACCUCAUGGGCGAUGACAAGGCUUUUGUCGAAAUGCGCAAGGACGGCGAAAUCCAGCAAGUGCGCGGAUUUAAAGGCGCCAUCCAAGUUGUUCGAGGACGAGAAACAAUCGCUCUGCUUUGCGAGGCUGGGAAGAAGUUUUGGUUACAGAUGUACUCUACGACCUUGGAAUCCAAGCAAAACUUUUCUCUGCCGAGCAGCUGAAGGACUGCAGAGUGACGUUGAAGGACACUGGUGAGGAAACUAUAAUGCGCUCUUUUAAUGACGUUGUAUUCAGGCAAGCUCUGUCACAUGAUCAAAUGGUUCGAGGAAAAGUUGCACCAUCAAUUCAUACAAGAUGCUUUUAUACUUCCAAAGUACAU